CCUAUAAGAUACUAUAAUUAUAUAAUUAUUAAGAUGUCCGAAUCUCCAGUGACUGUUCAGCCGAGUCAAGAGCAACAACCACAAACCAAAGAUCCAUCUGCUCCAAAUGUGGAAGAUUUAUACUUAGAAUCUUAUGCGUUCACUACAGCAGCUGCUAUAGUAGGAUCAGUAGAUAGGAAAGUAUUUGUAUUAUUAAGAGAUGGUAGAAAUCUUUUUGGUAUAUUAAGAACAUUUGAUCAAUUUGCUAAUUUGGUUUUACAAGAUGUAGUAGAGAGAAUAUAUUUGAAUGAUGAAAGUAAUACUCCCAAGAAAUUUGGUGAAACUUAUAAAGGAGUCUUUAUGGUGAGAGGGGAAAAUGUCGUUAUGUUGGGUGAAUUGGAUAUAGAUAAAGAAGAUGAUCAUUUAUAUGAGUUGGAACAAAUUCCAUUUGAAGUAGCUGAAAAGGAAUUGAAAAUUGCUCAUGCUAAAACUAUAAAAGAUGAAAAGAUAAAGGGUAAAAAGUUGUUGGAGAAGGGUCUUAUAAAUGACUUUGUCAAAUCAGAUUUGUACUAAACUAUAUUAAUGACUUCAAUUCUUGCAUUUAUGAUCUUGUACUUUUAGUUUAUGGUUAAUAUACAGUUUUUUUUUAAUGAACUGUUAAUCCUACAAGUUUGGAAAUAGCCUAUUGCAUAUAUCAUAUACCAAAUAUUCAUAUUUAUUUUAUAGAUAUUUUACAUGAAACUAGAAAACUUAAACUUAUAAUUUUAAUAAUUU